GCUGCAUUACAAAUUCUCGGUGAGAUGCGUUAUGGUUGCUGGGACCUUAUUCGGAUCUAUUGGCCUGUUGGCCACGGGACCAGCAAAAACUAUUCAAGUUGUAACCUUCACAUUUGGAGUUAUUCAUGCUGUUGGGAGCGGCACCGUCUUUGUUUCGGGAAUCCUACUCACAACGGCCUACUUUGAACGUCUCAGAGGAUUCGCACUGGGCUUCGCAAACCUCGGGAUGACGCUCGCAGGCCUUAUUUUCCCGCGGCUUCUUAAAUUUUUGAAAGAAACGUACGGCUUCUCAAGUAGCUUUUACAUUUGGGGAGCCCUAAACCUAAAUCUUAUUCCACUCAUCCUUUUGUUUAAAGUUCCUCCUUGGUAUACACCAGGAAACAUGAAACAAACUUCAGCUGGUAUUGCACAUAACUCUGGAAAAGAAAGAGGCAUGGUAAAUAAUGAAGAAAAUAAUCAGGCUAGCUCUACGUUCCCGGAAACCGUACUUUCUAUCGCUCGUCGUCCAGUUUUCUACUUGGUGGAAAUUUCAUCCGGCAUAAAUGCUUCGGUACAAUUUGUAGUCUUCACGACAAUGGUAGAUUUCGCAAUGGACAAUGGUACUGCUGAUACCAUCGCUCUUUGGCUAACACCAUGUUACUUGGCUGUCUGCUCCUUAGGAAGGAUAUUCCUUCCUCUAGUGGCUGACAAAAAACUCGUGCCCCGGAGUGAUUUGCUAACCGCUUGCUACGUCGUUAUGGGUGUCACGCUGCUGCUUCUUCCACUUGCGACGAACUUCUGGGUGAUUGCGGCACUGUGCUCAUUGACGGCAGCGGGCUACGGGUGCAACUACACACUGCAUGACGUCCUGGCCAUUGACUAUUUUGGAUUGGAGAGGCUACUCUUUAUGCAUGGAGUUAUGGGACUUGCCAAGGCUCCAUUUCAGCUCUGCAUGCCCAAGCUAAUCGGAUUUUUCAGAGACGACGGAGGAUCGUAUGACAAUGUCUAUCGACUCCAAGGCGGACUAUUACUAUUUGCUGCGCUAUUAUGGCUACCCGUGGCUUGCAGGGAACGACGAAACCGCAUCGGAAAAUUUACAUCGAAUAAUCACAGAUAGCAUACUAUGAAAUAUGCUAGAAUGAUAGUCUGGCGUGUUUUUAUUUUUGGACUAAAAGCUAGGAGAGACAUUU